AUGACCCAAACGUCGCAGCACGCCUUCGGCUUCCAACGCCCCCAAUUGUCUGCCCGCCGUGCGUGCCGCGUGCAGGAUGUCGCGGCCCUCUGCGAUGCGCUGACUUCCAACACCCGCCUGUCAGAGCUUUCCUGCAGCUGCCACCCGCUGUCGCCCGGCGCCGCGGCGCGCUUCGGCGCCGCGCUCGCCGCCAACGGCGCGCUGCGCAGCGUCAGCGUCGGCGACAGCAGCUUCGGGGACGCUGGGUUGGCGGCCAUGGCUGGCGGGCUGGCGGCGAACAAGGGUCUGACGCGCCUGGAUCUGGAACACAAGGCCCUUACGGCGGCGGGGGCGAGGGCGCUGGCGGCGUGCCUGGCGGCGCACCCCACGCUGCAGGAGCUGUUGAUCGGCCGCAAUGAGCUCGGCACCGACGGUGUCUCCGCGCUGUGCGUCCCCUGGCGGGCUCUGCGAGCCCUCGACCUAUCCAGCUGCGGCCUCGGCGCCCCAGCGGUGGCCGCGCUCGCGGCCGCGCCGGCACUGGGGACGCUGGCGCAGCUGGCGCUGGCAGACAACGAGCUGGGGCCUGGCGCGGGGGCACCGCUGGCCGAGCUGCUGGGCCGCGCGGGCAAGCUGCGGGUGCUGGAGCUGGCAGGCACUCGGCUUGGGGAGGAAGGCGUCGCCACCCUGGCCUCGGCGCUGCCGUCAGCCCCUGGCCUGGCCGCCUUGGAUCUGAGCCGGUGCGGCAUGAGCGCUGCAGGGGUGCGCGCGUUGGCCGGCGGGCUGCGGCGCCAGGCGGCGGCGGGGCCGCUGCGGCUGGUGCUGGGGCCAGGGAACGACCUGGGGCAUGAGUCUGUCGUGGAGCUGGCGGCGGCACUGCAGGAGCGCGCACGAAGCGGCGACAGUCAGCACGGGGACAAAGGGCAGCAGCAGCAGCAGCAGCAGCGGGGGCGGGAGGCGGUCAACUAUGAUCUUGACCUGGGCGGCGGAGAUCUGGGGCUGGCGGCGGUGCAGGCCCUGGCGCGCCUGCCGGGCCUUGAGGGCCUCGCGCUGUUCCGCGCGGCCCUGUCCGACGCGGCUGUCGCGGCACUGUGCGGCGCCGUGGCGGCCAGCGGCGGCGAGGGGGGGGGCGAGGGGCACGCCGAGGAGCGUCAGUUUGCCGGGCUGCGCAACCUGAACCUGUCUGGGUGCGGCCUGGGGCUGGCCAGCCUGAAGCAGCUGCUGGCCGCGCUGGAGCGCGCAGGGGCCGGCUCGCCGCUGCGGCUGGUCGAGGUGGGCGCCAACCCUGGCGCUGACGAGGCGGAGUUUCACGAAGCCGCCGCCGCGCUCAAGGCCGCCCGCCCCGAGCUUGACGUUCACUGGCGCGCCGCCGACGGCAGCAGCGAGGGCGCGGGGCAGGUCGGCGGCGGCGGGCUGCGGCUGCAGGCCGCGGCCCCGGGCCCCUGA